AUGUGGCACGAAGCAAGGAGGUCGGAGCGGAAGGUCCACGACAUGAUGGACGCCGCUCGAAAGCGAGCUCAACGACGUGCCGUUUUCCUGGCCAAGCGCCGCGGCGACCCGCAGCAAUCGAUCCAGGUCGUCGGCUCCCGCUGCCGUUUGUACCGCGACGACGGCCUCUACCAAGCCUCCGAGGACCAGCAAGGCCUGAUUCCUUGGAAUGGGAAACAGGACGUUUUGAUUGAUAGAUUUGAUGGGCGUGCUCUUCUCGAUUUUAUUCGAGAGUCCCGGCACUUACGUGCUCAAGAAAAAUCGGAAGAAGAGGAAGAAUUAGAAGAGUUUGUUAAUUUUGAGCGUUAUCGGGAUUUAAUUAAGCAUCGUCGUAGAGGAUUUACAGAUGAAGAGGGUUUGCAACAUGUGAAUGAAGAAAUAGAGACAAGGGUUACUGCUCCAUUUGCUCCUGAGAGGUCUCAGAUGCAACAACCUUCUGCCGUUAAAGGUUCUUAUUCACAGGUGGGGUUCUCUUAUGAAGGGGAUGGAAAAGAGGAGGCUCAGUUUUCAGACCCUGAGGAUAAUGAUGAAGAUGAUGAAGAAGAUGAGGAUGAGGAUGAUUUCAACAGUGAUGAUAGCAGUGAUGAAGGAAUGGAUAAAAUAGCAAAAGAAUUUGGAAUAAAAAGAUAUGGUUGGCUUGUAUACAUGGAUAAGAAAGCUAAGGAGGAGGAGAAAAGACAAAAGGAAGUGAUCAAAGGCGAUCCUGCAAUUAGGAAGAUGAGUCGCAAGGAAAGAAGGAAGGCUUCUCAGAUAGAAAGGGAGAGGGAAAGAGAAGCUGCACGGGUAACUGGAACUCAGGUGCUCCACCAUGAUCCGUACCGUGAAUCUAGACGAAGUCCAACAUAUGAAGCUUAUCCUCGCUCAAGAAGGUCAAGAUCGCGAUCAUACUCACCAUCAUACUCACGGAGAUAUCCUCGUGGACGACAUUCUGAUGAAGCUCAUCGAAGCAAACCAGCAACUUCUAAAAUAGAAUAUAUUACUGAAUUUGGGGGCUCCGGAGAUAAGGAUGAAUCAAAGCGUGCAGGAUUUUCUCCACCGUCAUCUCCUCCCUCACAGGCCGAUGUGUUAAACCGGCCUUCAACUGGUCUCAUACUCGAGGCUCUGCACAUUGAUCCAGCAUCCGGUGCAUCCCUUGAGAAGGAUAAGGGCACUAAAGUGGUGAAACCACCAGCAAGCACAUCCUCAGCGUUAGCAAAGUUAACUAAGGGAAGUACUUCUGGUGGGCCAUUGAAACAGCAACCAGUGGAGAAGAAAGAAACUCCUCAAGAACGACUUAAAAGGAUUAUGAGCAGGCAGCUGAACAAACAAAUUAAGAAAGAUACUGCUGCUGAAAUUGCUAAAAAGAGAGAGCAGGAGCGCCAGAGGUUGGAAAAACUUGCAGAAACAAGCCGAUUAAGUAGAUCUAGGCGUCGUAGUCGUAGCAGGAGCUAUAGCCGCUCUCCUCCACGGUAG